AUGUGCUUUUUUGUGGCCAAAUUUCAGGUAAGCAAAGACGUUGUGAAGACGAAGAACCUUUUACUGUUCAUCUCCGGUCUGGACAACAUCGAAGACGAGGUUUGGAUUUUAAAAUCUAUCCAUGAUGCAUUCAGAAAAAAUAAAGAGAAACAAAAUUCUGAAAUUCUAUGGGUUCCUGUGGUGGAGGAAACUAAGAUAACUGAUGAUCAGAAAGAGAAGUUCAAACAUCUAAAAUCAAACAUGCCAUGGUACGUCUUCCAGGACCUGUUCGUGAUUAAAGGCAAGAUGGUAUUAGGAGAGAAAUGGCAUUACCAGGGAAAGCCUAUCGUUGUUGUCACGAACCCUGGAGGUGAAGUGAUUCACAAAAAUGCAAUGCACAUGAUGUUUGCUUGGAAGAUGGAAGCCUUCCCAUUUCGAGCUGAGGAUGAAGAAAGACUCUUCCUUCACUGGAACUGGUUUUGGAACGAAGCCACCAAAGUUUCUCCAAAAAUUGGAAAAUGGAUUCAAGGGGACACGUACAUCUUCAUUUAUGGAGGGACUGAUGUUGCUGGGACCCAGAGGAUUGGUACACGGUUAGACUCCAUUAAGAAGGACCCCAUCAUCAAGCAAGCAGACGCCAUAAUCGAGCAUUUCAACCUCUCAAAGCUUGAUCAAACCUCUGCAACCAAUUUCUGGGACAACAUCACCAACUCGAUGUUAACCCGAGUUCAAAAUAAGAACUAUGAACGAGACACUAUUCUUAAACACAUCGAAACUUAA